CCUGCUCGAAUGGCUGCGGCUCUUUCCACGCCCGCAUCUAACGUCUAAGUGCUCUCUGUUGCUGCCAUUCUUCUCUCCUCAUACCUCUCCCCCCUCAAUCCUCAACCUUUUCAGCGUUAUCCUUACAGCCCUAUCAAAACGCGAAGCGCGAGCUUUUGUUGCACAUCACCCUACCGCUUUUAUCCCAGCUCUCAGUUCUCAGCCAUCCCAAGCGAAAAUGACUACAGUCGCGCAGCCCUCCUCCCAGGAAGUGUACCUGCUGCCAUUGACCGACAGCGGUGCACCAGAUGUCCCUGGCACCUACAUCUACCUCCCCCCACCGAAAGAGCAGAGUCCCUACGUUGUACGAUUCCUGGUCGAGGGAACCAGUUCGAUAUGUCGGAAAGGCAGUCUCUGGGUGAACAUUCCUGCCAAAGGAGAGCCUUUCAAGAGGGACAAGUAUCAUGAGUACAAAUUAACGCCAGACUUCAAUCGGUGCACCGAGAUCGACAUUCCCAUCCACACCGCUGGAGCCUAUGCAUUCUAUACGACCUACUCGCCGCUACCGGCCUUCUCUACCUCCUCGGUCGACCCUCCGAAGCCUACUCGAACGGCUACCUACUACAUCGAUGUCUGCCCAAAACUCACAGUCAAAAAGUCCUUCAUGCCAAUUGAUUCCCUAAUUGUCUUUUCUGUCAUUUCCAAGUUCAUGGGCAAAUACCCCGACAAUUGGGACAAACAUCUGCAUGGCAUCAGCCAGAGGGGGUACAACAUGGUCCAUUUCACGCCGCUAAUGAUGAGAGGAGAUUCCAACUCGCCCUACAGUAUAUACGACCAGCAUCAUUUCGACAAGACGUCCUUCCCGAAUGGUGAGAAAGAUGUUGCCCGAAUGGUCAAGAAGAUGGAAGAGGAGUACAAUAUGCUUGCCAUGACAGAUGUCGUGUGGAACCAUACAGCCAACAACAGCAAAUGGCUUGAGUAUCACCCAGAGGCUGGGUACACCGUAGAGACCGCUCCAUGGCUCAAGCCAGCCCUGGUCCUCGAUACCGCUCUGCUCAAGUACAGCAAGGAUCUGCGAUCUUUGGGCCAGCCAAUCGACAUCAAAUCUAUUGACGACCUUUUGAAGAUCAUGGAGGGUGUCAAGACUCAUGUGCUCGGCGCUUGUCGGUUGUGGGAAUUCUAUGUUCUAGAUGUGGAGCGCGAUACUAAAGCCACAGUACAAGCCUGGUCAGAAGGCCAAGCAACCUUUCCCGAUAAUUCGUUUAGCGGUCUCGGUGAUCGAGGCCUCGAUGAAGUCAAAGAUUGGCCGCUCAAGAAGAAGGCGGACUGGUGCAUUGAGAACGGUUUGCUCGGAGGCGACAGAUUUGGAGAAAGAUUUCGGCGACGGAUAGAUCCAGCGACUGGUGCUGGGCUCCUCUCUGCGCUCUUUGGCCGUUUUGACACCACGACAACCGAUACGCCUGAUAAGCGAGCAGCACACGGUACGAUAUACCGGAUUCUCGAGGAGAUCAACCUCCAAUACUACCGGGAAUAUGACGCGGAUACGGCCGAGAUCAUGGAACAGCUUUUCAACCGCAUCAAGUACUGUCGACUUGAUGACAACGGCCCUAAAAUGGGCCCAAUUACUGACAAGAGCCCCUUGAUUGAGUCAUAUUUUACGCGAUUGCCUCUUAAUGACGUUACCAAGAAGCACAACCCUGAAGCACUGGCCCUGGUCAACAACGGUUGGGUCUGGGCGGCGGAUGCCAUGAAAGACAAUGCUGGUUGGAAGUCCCGAGCUUACCUCCGACGAGAAGUCAUCGUUUGGGGCGACUGCGUUAAGCUUCGCUAUGGAGAUGGCCCUCAUGAUAACCCAUUUUUGUGGGACUUCAUCGCCAAAUACACCAGGCUCAUGGCGAAGUACUUCCACGGUUUCCGCAUCGACAAUUGCCAUUCCACUCCGAUACACUUGGCCGAAUACAUGCUUGACCAGGCGAGACAGGUCAAUCCCAAUCUUUUCGUCGCUGCGGAACUCUUUUCUGGCUCCGAAGAGAUGGACUACAAAUUUGUUAUGCGGCUCGGGCUUUGUGCAUUGAUUCGAGAGGGCAUGCAAGCAUGGAGCACGCAGGAGCUUAGCCGCUUGGUUCAUCGUCACGGUGGGAGGCCCGUCGGUAGCUUUGAAGUCGACGAGGUCAUGAACGCAGAAAACACCGAAAAAGCAAUAGAGAAUGGAGUGCCGGCCGAGUUGGCCGCGACCCACGAAGUGAUCCACAAGAUCAAACAGAGCCCUGUCCACGCACUUUUUAUGGACUGUACGCACGACAACGAAACGCCUGCUCAAAAGCGGGAUGCUAGAGACACACUAUCUAGCGCUGCUUUGGUCGCAAUGUGCGCGUGCGCAACUGGUAGUGUCAUGGGAUUCGACGAGGUCUACCCGAAGCUCAUCGAGUUGGUGCACGAGAAACGACUCUACUCUUCUGCCUACUCUACCGGAGCGCCUGUAAAGGGCGAAGCUGGUGAAGGCGGUAUUGGUGGAAUCAAGAAGAUCCUCAACGAGAUUCAUGUCUUGAUGGGCAAAGAAGAAUACGACGAAACAUUUAUCCAUCAUGACCACGAAUACAUCACAGUGCAUCGAGUCCACCCUAAGUCGAGAAAGGGAUACUUCCUCAUUGCGCACACGGCUUUCCCCGGAUAUGGCAACGGCAACGGCGGAUUCCCUACGACCAACCUUCCUGGCACGCAGGCUAAGUUGAUUGGAGCCUGGAACCUGGAAGUGGAUACUAGUGAUUCGGUGAAGCUAGCGGCUAUUGAAGACACGACAACGUUGCGCGGACUGCCCAGUCAUACUAAGAACUUGGAAGGUGUCAAGGUUGAAUCCUCGGGUAACUCAACGAACAUCACCAUACCCGAUUUCUUUCCGCCUGGCAGCAUAGCUCUUUUCGAGACCUCAGUCCCAAGCGCAGAGCACGCAGAGGGUCUUGACAAGUUCGUUACUAGGGGUGCCGCUGCAGCUUUCGAAGGUUGCGAUCUCUCUGAUCUAAACUUCAUCUUGUACAGAUGCGAUCCAGAAGAGAAAGAUGCAAGCGAUGGGAAAGAUGGAACAUACAACAUUCCCGGCCAUGGCAAUCUGGUUUAUGCAGGGCUACAAGGCUGGUGGAGCGUUCUGCAAGACAUCGUCAAUGACAACAAUCUCGGUCAUCCAGUCUGCCAGCACCUUCGAGAAGGUCAAUGGGCAUUGGAUUAUUGCGUCAACCGCUUGGAGAAGGCAUCUUCCAAGAGGUUAUACCAUCGUAUCAAGCCGGUAGCCAUCUGGCUUAAGGAAAGAUUUGACGCUAUCCGCAAGAUUCCGAGUUUCCUUCUCCCCCGAUACUUCGCAAUGGUCAUUCAAACUGCGUAUAAUGCCGCCUACGACCGGUCCAUUGAGCUCAUGGGCGAUAAUGUUCAGCAAGGGCAGCCGUUCUUGAAGAGCCUUGCUCUUGUUAGCAUUCAGGUCACUGGUUACAUGAACAAUACUUCUUUGUGGCCAGAAAAGAAGGUUGCGAGCAUGGCAGCAGGUCUCCCGCAUUUCUCGUACGACUGGGCCCGAUGCUGGGGCCGCGACAUAUGUAUCUCGGCACGAGGCCUUUACAUGGGCACCGGGCGCUUUGCCGACGCAAAGGAACACAUCCUGGCAUUUGCCAGUGUCCUCAAGCAUGGCAUGAUCCCCAACCUUCUCAGCAGUGGGAAGCUUCCCAGAUACAACUCCCGGGAUUCAAUCUGGUGGUUCCUGCAGAACGUUCAAGAUUACACCAAGAUUGUUCCAGAUGGCAUAACCCUCCUUCAAGAGAAGACGAAAAGGCGAUUCCUUCCCUAUGACGACACAUGGUUCCCCGAUACGGAUAAAAGGGCGUACUCGAAGUCCUCUACUAUCGAAGACGUGAUUCAAGAGGCUUUACAACGACAUGCGUCGGGCAUGGACUUCCGAGAGUAUAACGCCGGACCAGAUCUGGACAGUCAGAUGAAAUCGGAAGGGUUCAACAUAAAGAUCUGGACUGACUGGGAAACCGGCAUGAUCUUUGGCGGCAAUCAAUUCAACUGCGGCACAUGGAUGGACAAGAUGGGCGAGAGCGUAAGAGCCGGCAGCAAGGGUGUUCCUGGUACCCCAAGAGACGGUGCAGCAGUCGAAAUUACGGGCAUGCUGUACAGCACCCUAGCCUGGGUCGAUCAACUACGCCAAGAAGGAAAGUACAAGUACGACGGAGUCAGCAUCGACGGCGGCGACAAAAUCGUCUCCUUCAAAGAUUGGGCUGCCAAGAUCAAAGCAAACUUCGAAAAGAAUUACUACAUCCCUCUCGACGCGUCCAAGGAUUCCGAAUACGAUGUCAACACUUCCAUUAUCAAUCGCCGUGGCAUCUAUAAAGAUCUCUACCGGUCUGGAAAAGAGUACGAGGACUACCAGCUCCGCCCUAAUUUCCCUGUCGCCAUGAGCGUCGCGCCCGACCUCUUUGACCCCGAGCACGCUCUUCACGCCCUCUCCAUGGCCGACAAGGUCCUCCUAGGGCCCCAAGGAAUGGCGACCCUCGACCCCUCUGACCUCAACUACCGCGGCUACUACAACAACGCCGAGGAUUCCGACAACUUCCACACCGCAAAGGGCCGCAACUAUCACCAGGGCCCCGAGUGGGUGUGGCCCACGGGCUUCUUCCUCCGCGCGCUGCUGAAGUUUGACCUCAUGCGCCGCGAGACGCCGGCGGAGCGGGUGGAGAGCUACCAGCAAGUCACGAAGAGGUUGGCCGGGUGCAUGAAGGCGAUCAAGGAGAGUCCGUGGGCGGGGUUGACGGAGCUGACGAAUAAGGAUGGGGCGUUCUGUGGGGAUUCGUGCCCAACUCAGUCUUGGUCUGCGAGCUGCAUCAUCGACCUCUUCCAAGACGCGCGCGAGUAUGAGAUUAAAGAGGCGGAUCAGUAGAUAUGGGGCCUUGGUGGGGAUGGUGUAGCGCGUUUCUUCUUUCUUCGAUUGUAUACACCUUUUUUGUUAGAGCUUGGAGGGGCGGUGGGUGAUGGGUACGCUGGGCAUGAUGAAGACGAACGAAAAGAUUAGAGUAGAUUGAUGACCUAAGACCGAACGCAUUCCUAAAUUCGCACAGACCUUUUUGUUUCCAAAGACGUUGAACUAUGGAGAAGACCAUGAUGGUUGUUUUGCUUGAGCUAUUAUGUUCUAUUUGAACCUACUAGAAUUACACCACC